CAAUGCUUGCACCACAAACGAAGGCACAUCGGGCACUUGUUUGUCGCGCUUUAAUUGUAUGCGUCAGGGUGGCAUGCCGAAAGGAUACUGCAGCACCUAUGGCGUGUGUUGUGAAACAAAUCUACAAUGUGGCCAAAUUUCCAGCUCUAAGCGUAUAAUCAUCAAAAAUCCCAUUCAACUACCGAACGUGUGCCAAUAUGUGAUUGCGCCCUACAGCAGCAAUGUUUGUCAGUUACUCAUUGAGUUUGAACAGUUCGAAUUGAAUCAACCGACCAAUGAUGCGACUCUUGGCACCUCAACUUGCGGUGACAGAUUUACAGUUGGCAGCUUUACGAUAUGCGGCGAAAAUAGUGGUCAACAUAUAUAUUUGCCCUACGAUGUUGCGGCGGGUGCCACGCAAGUUACAUUGGAAUUUUCAUUUUCAACAAAAUGGGCACAAUCCUCAUGGAAUUUGGUGAUCACACAACUGGAGUGUCCACAGCCAAGGAACCGUUUCGGGGCCAACAGUAUGGUAAUGCCAUUCAUGGGUCAAACAAACUUACAAGAUAUACGUAAGAUAUUCUCAGCGAAACAUAGCGAUUGGGAAUUACUAGCGCCAACCGGCUGUAGUCAGUACUUCCGUCAACCGACAGGUACAAUUAAAAGCUUCGGAGAUAUAUAUUAUAUGCAAAAUCUACAAUAUACAAUCUGUAUAAGACCGUUGCCCGGGUCUUCGGUGAUCGAAUACACAGUGAAUAGGUUUUCUUUAUCAUCGGAGCAAACUAAUAAUUUCUACGACGAAAAUUGUCACCCGAUGAUAUUAACCGAUGGUCGACAAAACGAUUAUCUCAUGAUAUGGAAUGCGAUAUUUAAAGACGAUGCAAGCAUGCAGCCGACCUACUUUUGUGGACAGGCUCUGACCGCCGGUCAGGAACUAAUUGCAAGCGCACCGUAUCAGAUGUACUUUAAUAGUGAUGAGCAGUGGAGUACUGUGGAAACCGGGUUUAGCAUAUCAUAUCGAGUGAAAUCAGCUAUAAGUUAAUAACAUCGCUUUGAGUCAACUUGCUUAUGAUUUUUCGUGCAUAUUUAUUGGUAACAUUAAGAUUUUUUAUUAAAGGAGCAAAGGUUUCAAAUUAAUAAAUGAAAAUUUUAAAAA